AUGGGAAAGACUACGGCCUGCGAUACCUGUGACGGCGUUGAAACCAAUUCAGUCAGGAAUGUCAUCUGUUGUACAAAAUUUAGCAAAUGCUGUAUACCUGAUACCAUCGACGGCUAUUAUCGACAAUUAGAUAGGGAAAGUAGUGUCAAAAAUCGUGGUAUUGGUCCACCAUUUUAUUACGGCGACAAUACACCGGAAUCGGUUCCAACAAUUAUCACAAGAAAACCGUCAAACAGGACAAACAAUUCACAAAAGACAAAGAAGAAGACGACAAAAAAGUCUCGCAAUGGUUCCAGUAAUAGACAAAACAGUGGUCAACACACCAACAACAACAACAACAGUGGUAGGACUGGUAGUCAAACAAAUGGAAAGACAUAUCGGACUAUAAAUGAGAGACAAUUUGUUCAGCAAUUGUUUGCUGCAAUCGGUUUGCAAACUCAGUAA